AUGGCAGCAGCACAUCAAUUUCCAGAGGGCGCACGCUGGGCGCGGGCGGACGUGCGGGGGCGGGUGGGAGUGCGGGCGGGCGAUAGCCGCGGAGCACGGACGGGAGAGGUGGAGAUAAAACAAAAAAGAGGGCUGAUGCCACGUCAUCGCCAGGUCAUGCCGCGCGCUAGCUCUGGCGUGGAGAUGAAGGUCAAUCUCCUCUACAAGAAGCCGGAUGGCACUGUUCUUUUCCUCGAGGCAAAGAAGGACUUCGUCGAUCUCCUCAUGAGCUUUCUUGUGCUUCCGGUGGGGUCUGUGAUCAAGCUCCUGCGAACUGUGGAUUCCGGCAUGGAGACUGGUGCCACGAGGCUGUUUGAGAGUAUCGAGAAAAUGGAUCAGUCGAGCAUGGAAGUCAGUAAGAGUGUUCUCACCAAUCCAGCGCCAGAUACUUUUGCGUUCCAUGGAGGAAAGAUGCUCACCAUCGAAAACUCGCAGUCGACUACUUCCCCGGUGUACUAUAAGUGUGGGUACAGUAGCUGCUACAAUGCGAGGGCUGACAAUGCAUCCUUUUCAUGCCAUCAGAACUACGGCUAUCAACCUGUACAGUUGACGAUGCUACCCAAUGAAGAAAACUCCACCAAAACUGCUGGCUACGUGAAGGAGAAUGUGAUCUUCAUGAUCACCGACGAGCUCGAGGUGUACCCGACUUCGACCAUCAAGAGCAUCGUCCUGCUCAACAAGCUCAAGGCCUUGUCUCUGCUCAAGGCGUCGCUGGUUUCAAAGACUGUGCUCAACGACGUCUUCAAAUCCUACGUCUCACAGCGAUCCUUUUAG